CAAAGCGUAUAAAACGGAACGUAAAGUGAACAUCGCUUCGCAUCAGCUGUUAAAGAAAAAAAAAUAACGGGAAAUCGGCGAUGGAGAUUGGUCACACUGCGGCCACAUCAAAUCUGGGGGUCUAGCGUGUGACCCUGUUAUUUCUAUCCUGCAAUAAAAUAGCUGUGUAAUCCUAGAUAAGUUGUGCAUUGUUGAAAUAGUUAUAAAGAAAAUUGUUGUGUAAUUUAUGUGCAAAACAUGGAACGUGCAACUGGAACAGAAGUGUACGGGUGUGGCUCGCCCCAUUCUACGGACAUAACGCUGAAUAUACAAACGACAACGGGUGGCAAUUUCUCCAUCAGUCUGAACGGUAAAAACACAGUGGAGCAUCUGAAGAAGCUCGUUUCCAAGAAACUUAGAGUGUCAAAGGACAGAAUAUGCCUUCUGCAUCGCGAGAGACAACUGAGGGACGGAACCCUGGAGGAGAACGGUCUGCUCGACGGCUCGCGAGUCAUCUUGCUGCCGAGCGUGGAGACGGGGCUGCUGAGUCAGAGACCCGAAAACUCGGUGAUGCAAGCUUUGGAGUCUUUGAAUGACACACAAGUGAACGACUUCCUCAGUGGCAAGUCACCACUGAACCUGACGAUGAGGCUGGGCGACCACAUGAUGCUGAUCCAGCUGCAGCUGUCCACGCUGAACACCACCGCCUCCUCUAUAGCACAGCACUUGCGAAACACUCAGGCCAAGAAUGCAGCGCGCAACAAGAGUGAAUCCAAAGACCCACCCAGUCCACAGACAACUCCACUGAAGCCCUCACAGUGUGACAGCCCUGCGCCCAGCAGUAGCGAUAACAGUAAACAGGAGAGUCAAAUAAGUGUCCUGCAGCAGCAGGAAAUAGAUAUGCUACAUAACUGUAUCGGCCUCUACCAGAAACUCACCGAGGAGAAAUAUGCCGAGCAGGCUGCAUCCAGCUCUGAUAAGGAAGAGAUGGAUACCUCCAACUGCACAUUGCUAGACAUAUCUGACUUAUGCCUAGAGAACGAGCAGUCCCCCAUCAAAUCUUUGUCUAAUCUGGUGUCUAGUCCGAUCGACGUAUCUACUUCCGAGGGCAGAGAGGUAGCACUAGGAACUUCAGUGAAAAAUAGUUUAAUAGAUUUGUUAUCUUGUAAUAAACUGGCCGCGCUGGCCACGGACGCAGUUCCCUCCACAAGUGCCAUGGCUGCCACCUCACACACACCAGACAGUUCUGUCAGUGAUGACAGUGACAACUUUGAUCAGAGCUCCUUCUUGGCUGAGAGCACCAUAGAUGAGUACCCAAUGGAAAAUCUGUUCAACAAUGCAGUAGACAAGGGCCUGUUCGAUGAUCAGGACGAAUCUAUGAUGGACCGAGAGAUCUCAAAUCUAGCAACCACUAGUCACGGAACCGAGGAGUCAUCCGCUGGCCCCCUGCCAUCCUUCCAGAGUCUAAGCGAGCCUUUGAAAUGCAAACGCUUUCAGUACAUGCUACAUAAAACUUCAAAAUUCAAGCAUCCAAUUGGUUUUAAUAAACAAAAGACCUUCAUCCAGUCUGUUGUUAAUAAACAGAAGAAGAAAUCGUCAAACCAAACAGAGGUUAGCCCUCAGCCCUCCACUUCUAGGACUGGAUCAUAUGUGACAAGUGUGAAGUCACCUGUGGUGAAUGAAGAGAGUAUGGACACUGCAACACCUUCCACAUCUAAACAGGUUAACUUCAAGGCUCCCGAUGCUCCGAGAAAGCCUCAGAGAGUUUCCCCGACCCCACCCGUAGACACUAAGGCUCUCAUAGAAGCUUCCAAGAACCUGACUCAGAAGUUAAAGAAGUUAUCCAAGGAGGUGCUGACCAAUAAGAUUGAUCUCAGAGCUCCGGAAGAGACUGCGCGCGCGAAGGUUGGGCCCGGAGCUGUUAUUGAGACUAUGAAGCAUCAUGGCAAAGGAAUAUACUCGGGGACCUUCUCCGGCACUCUGAACCCAGCUCUCCAAGACAGAUACGGCCGACCAAAGAGGGAUAUUUCUACGAUAAUCCACAUACUGAAUGAUCUGUUGUGCGCCGCACCGCCCAUCGCUAUAUCACCGAAGGAGCCAAAGCAUUCCUGUUCAAGCAACACAACCAAGGAGCAAACGAAAUGCCACUGCAGCCAACCCUGCUCGUACGGGCGCUGCGACGGACACCCGUCCGGCUCGCGCCAGUGCACUUGCCUGCACAAGGACAGCGCCGCGUGCCAGUGCACUCGCCUCGAGCCCGACCUGUGCCUCGCUUGUAACGGGAAACCCGAGGAGGCCUGCAAGAAGUGUGACACCGCCAAAACGUUAGCGUUGGAGAACUCCAAAACGAAAUGCAAGCUGGAACAGCUCAGACUGGUGAUGCAGCAGAAGAAGCAGAGGCGCGAGGCACGGAAGCUGAAGUCGUUACCGUAUACGACCCCGCAAACUAUAUCGCCGCCCGAGAAGCCCAGCGCGCGGCAGGAAGAGAUCGAAACUGUUGGCUAACACACAUGAUCGGUUCCGUGCGGUACCCGUUGCUAGUGCACUGAGAAUUCUUGUUGUUUUGAAGUUAAACUUCUAAAAAAAUCUAAUUACAGACAGAUGAUUUUUUUUCGUCUAUUAAAUAAUCUGAUUGGUCUGCUGAACAUCUCAGAUUAUGUGAACGAAGAUACAAUAUCGUAAUAACAAAAAUAUUCUUGUCAUUUAAGUUGAAACAAACUACUAGUCGAUUUUAUCUUAUCUUCUGAACUAAGCGCUUUAAGCGUACCACUAUACCCAUACUUUUUUUCAAGUUUCGUGACGCGUUAUCGAAUUAUGAAUUCCCAGUGCACUGGCAAUGCACACGUCGCUUCAAUACUGCAUUUGAAGUGUGCAACCUUGUUAUAUAUUCUAAAUUACCAUAUUUAAUAGUAUCGAAGUGUAGACAUUAAAAGCUAAGUGCAAGUGCAUGUACAAAUGAAUGGUAUAUAUAAAUUAGCAAAAUCCUAGUUGAUAGUUUAAGUAAGGUGCUGUUUCCACGAGCGAGUUUAUGUGUGAAUAUGCUGUGAUUUUGCCGUUAAAUUGAUUCGUGAUUCACAAGAUUUUACUUCUCACCAACGUUGAUAGUAUUUGAGAGUUAAAGUAAAAUGGUCCUAAAUGACCUUGUUUUAAAGUCAAAAAUUCAGUACCAUCAAAAUUGGUGAGAAGUAAAAUUUCGUACUGGGGGUACUGAAUACGUAGCGGAAGAAAACCGAGGUGGAGAUGUCAAAAUAGGCGCGAACACGUAAACCGAACACGUGGCGAAAGCGAAACGAGGCGAGGCUGAGUCGCCAUUACUCGAGUAGAGUAUUUAUGCCAAAGCAGCUUUCAUAUGAAUGUAUGAAUGAAUAUACUUUAAUUGUACACCACAAAAUUAGUACAGGUAAAACACAUACACAAUAAAAUAUAGGCAGGUAGGUACAAUUUGGCGGCCUUAUCGCUACCUAGCGAUCCCUUCCAGGUAACCAAAAUGGUGAAAAGGACAUAGCUAUAGAUAAUAGUGGUAAGUGGUGGUAAGUUCUUAUGACCAGUAUUAUACAGUAUGGGGUAUUUUUUACGCAUUCAAUAAAUUUUUCGGUGGCCAUCUCGUCCACAAGUCGAAUAAUCUGUAAACAUGCGAAUGCGAAUUCGAUUUCUGUGUGACGUCGUUCAUACAAAGUCAGCUGAUACAGUUAUCUCGCUCACGCCUCGCUUCGCCUUUUCGCCUGUGGUUCGCCGCGGAAACGGUUCGCUCCGCUUCGCUUUCGCAUUACUAUGUGACUAGCUUCGAGCGACACCGUACAUUACACCAUAAAAACGCUUCACCACGCGUUCGGUUCGCCUACGCGUACGCUAAAUUGUAUAUCUCUUACUAUUAUCUGUUAUUUUCCUUUGUUUUGUUGCGUUUUAUCGUUUAAUUAGCUAAUGAAAAGUAAAUUGUUGUGUUAAGGGCCGAAACUUGGAACCGAGGCGCUGCAUCGCCAAAGACACGGCAUGAUUCGUGAAACUAGAAUCUUUUCUGUUGUCUUUUUCUAUAAUGUCUUCUU